ACAUUACCGCCAUACUUCGAAAACCUCAAACCGAACUUGGAAAGUUGUAUGUUUUCAGUGUGUAAAUAUGAGAUUUGAAGAAAUGAUCUGACAAAUGAUGCCACCUUAGUGUUACACUUAUGGAGAAUUUUGUACUGUAUGAAGAAUUGUUCAAGGGAGAGCACUCUGUUAUCUACAAAGGCAGAAGGAAGGGCACCAUUAACUUUCUUGCCAUCCAUUGCAUAGACAAAUCUCAAAGAGCAUUUAUCACAAAUCAUGUGAGACUGACCAAUGAGAUCAGCCAUAAGAAUAUUGUCAAGUUUUAUGAGUGGUAUGAGACCAGUAAUCAUCUAUGGCUAGUAGUGGAGCUAUGUACAGGAGGGAGCCUGGAGUCUCUGCUAGCCCAGGAUGGUCAUCUUCCUGAGAGUGCUGUGAGGAACUUUGGGGUAGAUCUUGUCACUGGGCUGCACUAUAUACAUUCACUUGGAUUAAUUUUUGCAGAUCUUAGACCUGCCAAGGUAGAUUAUUAA